UGAGAUGUGGAGUUAGCUCUGGGAGACGACUUUCCAUCCGAAAAAUAUGCGUAAUUUGGAUUACAUUUAUUAAAGAAAAUGAAUAGAUUAGUAGAAGCUGUCGGGAAUGCUGCUAUUCGCAACUUACUAAGAGUCUUUCAGCUGACGGACAAAAGUGUGGAAUCAUUAUGCUCCAAUGGCCAGCUCAAAGAGUAGAGCAUGGGGUCCAACUCACCCAAGUGCUGCAUUCCUUAUAAAAUGUGCAAAAGAGAGGGAGAAAUUGCGAUCCACAUUGCAAGCUCAGCUUCGAGAGCAUAUGCUUUGCAUGUUACAGAAUAAUAUAUUUUCGGAUACUUUAAUUGGAGUUAAUUCAAAAGAAAAAGAGAAUAAUAGUGAAAUAAAGACUUUUGUGCAGCAACAGUCAGAUCUUCCACAGCUAUUUCCUGCUCAUAAAGCUCUCUUAAAAGUUCGAACUCCAAGUUUUUUUAAUCAUCUUAAUGAGCAUCAAGAAUCAAAUCUUGGUGUAGAAUCAUAUAAUUCAUACCUUCAAGACUCUGAAUUACUUCAUUUUUUGAAAAACGUUUAUACAGAUGAUGAUAUAAGGAAACAUGAAUGUGAAGCUCUUCAUCUUAGCAAAAAAUACAUAGAAUUAUUGCACCAUAACAAAGCACCUGUGAAUAAGCAUAUUUUAGAAGUUGACGAGUUUGAGAAAGAGUCUGUUCAUUCUUCCUGUACAGAUAAUUUUGUUACUCCUAAAACAAGUCCAGUAUCUCCUGAAGCCAAAGCAAAUGUUCUGGAACUGUUUGGGGCUGCCCAAAAUCAAACUAAUAUAAUGAAGACUAGUAAUGCAAAUGUCAUGGUUAGAAAUAAUAGCAACACAUACAAAGUGAAAAGCCAUGUCAAUGGAGAAUUACAUAUUGAUACCAAUAUAGAGAGAGAAUUUUCAUCUCCUGAUCAGUUAGAGGCAGGAGUAUUGUAUGAAUCCAAAAGAAAUAAUGGUAAACAAAGCAGACAGUCACCUAAAAGUAUAAACACUGAGAAAUCUGGAUCGGAUCAUGAUACCGAUGAUUCAGAUGAUGAUUCUGAGCCCGGAGAUUUUUCUAAUGUAGGUUCUAUGGUAAGGAGCAAUACUUUUGAUUUAGAAACUCAAGGCUCUUUGGAAGAAGCUGCUAUUGAUGAUAGCAUUGAGUGGUGUUAUAGAGAAUCACCUGCAAAUGAUUCAAAAGAUUUAGAAAAUCAACAAGAAAGUCAUAAGGACAGUUAUCCUUCCAAAAGAAAUGAAAGCACUGGAUUUUUUCUCCAUGAUCAUUCUCCUUCUCCAAGAUCUAACUUAUUUAGAUCUCCAUUUGCCAAAGAGCCUUCUUUUAAUAGUAGUCAAGAAUUGGAAUCUGCUUCUCCUGGUUAUCAUUUUCGUAGACUGGAUGGUAGUAUGAGUGAUUCAGGGUUUAUGUCCCAUAGUACUUUCAGUUUGAUUUCUGAUGCAGGUUAUUCAAACUCAAUUGCAUCUUCACUUAUAAUGUCAUCUGAGGCUACAAGCAGUUCACCUGUAACAAUAGGAUCAGAAGUAAAUGGAUCAUUGUCCGAAAAAUCCAGAAAGCUUUCAGGAUCAAUGUUUCCUUUCUAUAUCGAUAUAAACAGCUUGCCACCACCAUCUCCUGAUACAGCAAAAGGAAGGAAAUCAAGUCCAUCUCACACUUAUAUGUAUAUUGAUGCCAGAACCCAAAAUACUGAUACUAACUCCCAAAAUAGAAAGUCAAAUUUAAAUACUUCGUAUAAAGAAUUCUUUUCUGGUAUGGAAGCUCAUAAUGCGUAUCCUAAGAAAGAACCAUUAAUGAAAGCUCAAUCUACUUCACAUUUAGAUGCUUACAAAGGUGAAGUUAAAACCUAUGAUUUGACUGAUUUCAGAGAAAAACUUCGGCCUCAAUCCUGCUAUAUGUAUGUCGAUUUAGAUUCUGUUCCAAAAGAAACUAAAGAGAGUAAUUAUCAUUCAAGAUUCAACAGCUCAACUGUGAAAGAGCCGUCUAGUGUUGCUAUGUUUAUUAAUUUGAAUGAUGAAACGAUCCAAGAAAAUAACUGCAGUCGAAUAAAGAAUGAGGAUUUGUUAAGAUCUACAGAAAAAACUGCAACUGAAGAACUUGGGAAAGAUUUUUCAAUUAAAGAUUAUAAAAUCACUAACUCUGCAUGGACUGGAAAACAAAGACGAAAAUUAUCAGAUUCCUCUUUAUCACUCAAUCAAAUGGAAAACAAGCCUAAUUUUUUUUCAUUGACAAAGCACAGAGAAAGUAGAUCUGCUACAUCUUUGGAUCGUCAGCAAGUUAAUGGUUAUGAUGGCGUUCCUCAGUUAAAAAAUUCUAGAAAAUCUCGCAGUGCACAUCGUUACUCUGAUGGUAUAUAUUAUGAUAAUUUAUAUCAGCAAAAAAUUCUAAACACUAAUUAUAAUUCACUGGACAAAAAAUUCUUUAAGGAUCCAAAAACGUAUGCUGCCAAAGAUUUAAAAGCAUUUGAUCAAACUUUCAGGCUGAUUCAAAACAUUAGUAAAAAUGAAGAAUCAUCUGGUAGCUGUUCAAAUUUAGGAAAAGCGACUUUUGCUGAGAAACUUUUAAUUGAAGAUAAAGUCAAAUGGAAAUCUACUGGUGAUAUGGAAAAACCUAAUGGCAUACCCGGAUCUGAAGAUGCUGGAUUAUUACCAAUGAGCCCGAUUUUACGUAGAAAAGCUAAAACAAAAGAUGUUCAAGAACCUUCUAAACCACCAAUUGUUGUUAAAGCAUCAACUAAACCGCAAGAUGUUGAUGCAAUGAAGUUUCCACCGACACUCCUUGAUGAAUCUUUGAAAUUAUCUGACAAAGCUGUGAAGGAUGAUGCUAAAAUGGAUGUAGCUCCAUCUCCAACACCUAGCAAUAAAAGAACAGAUAAAGGAGAAGAUUCUAAAAGUUCAAGUGAAAGCUUGAAAUUGGGUUCAGAUCCUUUAUCUGAGUCUAGUGAUACUAAAAUGAAAAAUACUAACAGCAUGAGUCGCUCAGGAUCUUCUCAUGUGUCUGGUGGUGAAGGAGAAACUGGUUUGGAUAAACUAGUUGUAAAAGAGAAAACAACAUAUUCUCCACUUUCCAUAUCGAUAUCUUGUGACCUUGAAGAUGAUUCUGAAACAAUAUAUUCUGAAGUAUCAGAUGUCAGUUCUUCAGCAGGUGCACUCAGUGGUAUUGCAAGUUUGGAAAGAAGAUGGAGAGAAUCACAAAAUCAACAACUUGAUUUUUCCAGUCAAAAUUUAAGAAAAAUGUAUCACAUGUUAGAAGCAUGUUCUAAACUUGGAGAAGAUUUAUUACGAAUGUUUUUGGAUGAAAUUGAUACAGAUAUUGUCAUUGAAGUUGAUGGAAAGCAAAUUAAAGCUCAUAGGUGCAUUUUGGCAUCAAGAUGCAAAUAUUUUGCAAGUUUAUUAAGGGUGAACAAUUGUGAGAAAAAUGCUAGCACAAUCAGCUUAGAAGGGUUUUCAUAUCCUGCUGUUCAUUUUGCCCUUUGCCACAUAUACAGUGGAGCUAUGAAUAUUCCAAAGGAUUGCAACAUUUCAGAAUUGACUCUUCUUGCAGAUAUGCUGAAUUUAGAAACCUUGACUGAUGUUAUUGUUUUUCAUUUGAAAAUGCAUUACUGUCAUUUUUUUCAUAGGCCAUGUUUACAAUGUUCUCAAGGCGUUGUAGAAUGUUUACCUUUGGCAGCUGUAUGUGGCUUAAAUGAAUUGCGAGACAAGUGUAUUUACUGGCUUGGAAAAAAUUUCACUCGAACAUGGACAAACAAAUCAUUUGCUGCUCUUUCUGAAGAACUACGAGACCUUUGCUACAAUGUAACUGUCCACAAUUUGUCUAUAGAUACAGUGAUAGAUAUGACUUUGAACUGUGACAGACUUUUAACAACUUUACCUCAACUGAAAUGGACUGAACCCAUAUUUGGAAUGAUAACAAGGCUUCUUCAGGAUUGUAUUCACUUUAUGGCAAAAAACUUCAAUCAGAUUUUGAAAUCUGAAGGAUUUCUUGCUUUGGGCAAAGGGCAAAGUUGGAAUGUUACUGCACUAGAGGAGGAUAUUAUUUCAUCCAUUGAAUUAAUGACACCAGAUGUAGCCUGCAAAUCAUAUGAAAGUGUCAAUCAGUUGAUUCGAUUAGCAGAAUCUAUUGAAAACACAGAAUAUGGGGAAUUUACUCAGAAUUUUUUGGAUUUGUUACAUAAAAUUAGUAGACAUUCUGAAAGAUAUUUGAUUCAAAAUGCAAACAAAGUUGUGCACUGUCAGUCAUGGGCAUGUCUUUCUCCUCAGGUUCAGAAGAGAAUAAAAGAUGCUGCAGUUAUUGUAUUUGAAUUCGAGAAACCAACAGCUCCUCCCCCUCGUCUAUCCAGUUUACAAAGGAAACUGAAGAAGCAGAAUGAAGGUGAGGAUUUUGGCUGCUUGGAAAGAUCAACUUAUCCAAAGAAGAGCAGAGGUACACAGAAUAAAAAAUAUCAAAGGGAUUGUUCCCCUAAAAGUAUAAAUUCACAAUGCAACCAAGAAUCUCCUGAACGAAACUUACAACGAAGAGAAUCAGAUAAUUUGAUCAAAAAGAUUGUAUCUCCCAUUAAAGAAGAAGCUCACUAUAGCUCUGUUGAAAACUCUGUACAGGAUACUUCUUGUGAUUUAUUAUCUGGUGGAUUAAAUCCAUACUAUUCUCCAGCUCGUUCACAUUUCUCUAAUAAAGCCUAUGUUGAUACUCAUGAAGAAGAUAGUUUAAGGGAUUUGCAAGACUUACCUCAGGAUCAUACAAAUCAUGGAGAACCAGGGUCUGAAUCUCAAAUGAUGUGCAGUAUCGCUUCCUUGGACAUGGAUGACAGUCGUAGUCCUGCUCACUGCAGUGAUAAUCCUGAUAGUCUUGAAGCAAAUGAAAUUUCUUCUGACAGUAAGGAUGAUGCCGAUCUUUCUGUCUCAGCUGAAGAUGGUUCUAAUCCUGAGAAAGGUGUUAAUGAGAAGCCAGAAGUUUUGCAUAAGAAUUUUGAGGCACCAUCUUCGGAAGAGAAAGAAAUAUGCACCAAAUUAAGUCCCAGUGAUACUUCAUUGCCUAAGCCUUCAUUACUCAUUCCUGUCAGAGAUAAAAAUUCCUCACACCAAGUUCCUUCUCCUAUUGAGAAAGAAGCACAAAAUGGAAUUCACCGUGAUAAAUCUCCUAUCAAAAAAUCUCACGGAAAGUCUCAUCUCCCCUUAGCAAAGAUGCAUAUUUUAGAGGAAAAUAAGUCUUCUGUUGUAGAAUCAAAAGGUAAAGAUUUGGUUGCUGAAAUCGAUGCUGAUUCUCGCAUGGUAAGUCAUUGUCUCCAAGAAGCUGAAAUGUUAGAACAACAGUUGUCUCGGAAAUUGCAGCGUCAGCACCAAAAGGGAUCUUCCAACCUCUCUCAUUACAUGCAAAAUAGUCCUUCAAGGACUCGUGUUCCUUCUGAUCAUCAUGGAUCAUCAAAAUCAUACGGUUCACGUUUGCAGAAGGCAUCUUCUACUAGUCAAAUUAAAAAUCUUGUAACCACUCCAUCUAGAGGAAGAAGUCCAGGAAGAGGCACUAAGAGCAGUGCUUCUAGUCCUUCAGUUGGUCAUCCGCCAAAAAUUAUUCGAUGUAAUGAACCUGCGAAAGAAAAAAUGGCGGCAAGAAAAUCAUCUCACUCUCCAAAGGGUGCAGUUUCAUCUUCCAUUGGACCAUUUCGAUCAACAGAAAGCAUCGCAAAUGUUCAUAAGCAGCUGUCUGGCAGUGGUGUACUGGCAACACCAAAGCGGGCGUCUUCGCGAUCUAAUCGAUCAAAAGUUAUUACUGUUUCAAGUGUGCGAACUUCUGCUGUUGGACCUAAAUAAUACUGGAUUUGUUUUCCAGGAGAACGAUUCUGCAAAAUGUGUACAUAGAUUUGUGUCUGUUGUUCAGUCUUCGAUAAAUUAUCUCCGAUAAGAAUAAGAUGGAAUGUUAUUUUGACAUACAUAUUGCAAAGAUGGAUUUAUGAAUAUGCUCAUAGUACAGAUUUUUAUGUUAAAUUGCAAGCAAGAGCUUGUGUAAAUAUAUUCUGUAACCAAAACGUUCAUAAUUUUGUUAGUAUUUUAAAUUUUAUUUCCUUUGUUGAAUUAUUUAUUGAUUUUUAUUGUAGGUUUUUUUUUAACUGGAACACUGUCACCUGUGGUGUGCAGCACAUUUGCAUGCAUAUUUUAUCUCAUGUCAGCAUUUAUUUUGUUUAUAUACAUAAAAAUGUGUCUUUUCUGAACAUUUAGACUUUUUGAAUAAAGUUUUAUGAAUUCUAUUUAUAAUUUAAAAAUUAUUUAAAAAGAAAAUUUGAUGCCAAAAUACCUACAUUUUAUUUUUACAAUUAAUUUUCUUUAAUUAUUCCAAAUAAUUUUUAUGGUAGAAUGAAGAUGUCCAUUGACCGUUUGGGAAUUCGUAUAUUUACUAUAACAUGAAAAGUAAAUUCAUUGAUGAGUAGUUAAUAUAAACUAGGUAGAAUAUAUUGUAAAUAGUCAGACAGUAGUCAUAUAGUCAUAAUUUGAUAUAAUUGAGCAUUAAAUUUUAAAAUUACAUUUGCAACUAUUGGUUAAAUGAUUUCAUUUACAAAAUGUUUCUUAUCCAGCAAUUUCUAAAGUAUGUUUCCAAUUUAAAAGCCAUGAUUAAAAUUUUUCACUGUGCUGCUUGAUGAUUUUUCCCCCUCCCUUAGAUUGUCAUACUCUAUUAUUUAUUAUGCCAUUAGUAUAUAUAUUUUUCGAGAAAAAAACAUAUGUAUAAAAACUUUAUGUAUAUUUUAUUUUAUUCACAAUUUUAUGAUUAUUAUUAAAAUUUCUAUCAAAUAAUUGAAUUCCAAUAUCAUUGCAAUUGGGGUAUGAUGGAAAUAGAUGUUGAGGGAGCUAGUCUUAUAGGGUGAAAUAUUAGUCCUUUUAUGUCAUUUUUUGAAAUGAAAUAUCACAAAGGAAUGGAAAAAAAUGUCAUGCCCUGGAUGCCUAUUAACAAUGCUUACAGCAAUGAUCGUGAUUCAUAAUUCUUGCUUUUAAUUCAAUUCUAGUGAAGACUUGUUAAUGGAUGCAAAAAAAUUAGCAUGUAAAAUAUUCUCUAAUUUUGAAGUCAGAUUUAUUUAAUCUUUCAACAAAUAUAUUAUUACUUUACAAAAUAAAAGGCAAGUACUCUCCUCUCUAUUGUUGUAUAAAAAGAUAAACAUAUUUCCACAGGCAAAUGUGUUUAUCUUAUCUGAAAAAUAAAUAUCAUGUCUUGGUGGCAAAAAAAAAAGCAAGCAAACAUUUUUUUUUUAUUUAUAUAUUUUUAGUUUCAAUUGUAUCACCAUUGAAAUUUAUUCAGAUUAUUAAAAACCAAUGCUACCACAAAUUGUUCGAGAUUUUUAAAAAAUAAGGAUAAUUUUUGGAGAAAAGUAAAUUUUUAUUCAAUGUGUUCAAGAAAUUAUGAUUAAAAAUUUGCAAUCUAAUAAGCACCAUGAACCACCACUCUGAAAAUAUUACAAAGUUAUUUUGUGCUUAUAAUAUUAUUUAUCAUAUAUAAAUAUUCUUAUUAAUUAUUUUUAUGCAUUUACAGC